UUGGCCAAGAAGGGAUCGCGUGUCCGCGAACCGUGGGAGUGGUCGUCGUCGGAAACAGAAACGCGGCUCCAACUGGCAGACAUGGCGGACAAACCGUGGAUGGACGGGCGUGGGCGUGGGCGUGCCUUGCGUCUUCUCGAAUGCCGUGCAAGGCCAGCCCGCGCCCCCGAUGAUUUGCAGCGCACCGCGAAUCGCAUGACGCGCACAUCGAGAAGUUUAUGUCCUCGCUCCCCACCUUCCUGCUACCUGCACCCUACCUAUCUACACCCGACAUGCCCCUCGCCCGACCAUGCGUGUAGGAUACCGGGGCGUCACCACCGUCAGGCCUGCCCUCCUUCGCCCUCAUCGCCUCUGCCUUCGCGCAGCGCCGCCGUUGCCAUGCGCCACCUGGAGAUAUUACUCUCAAGCCGCCUCCGCGGAGAAGGAGGGCUCGCGCAGUCUUCUCAUUCCGUCUGAGGCUCGCUUCAACGACAUCAGGGUCCAACAACUCAGCCGGCACAUGCACCCUCAGGUCUUUCGCGGAGAGCCACCGGACGUGGACCCCGAACUUGUCGAGUUGUCCAAAGACCACCUCAUGCGCCAUGAUCUGUUCGGCAAAAACCAGGACCAAAGCCCUCCAAUCAGUUUCGAUAUGCCAGAGCUGCAGGGAACCACUUUGGACGAACAUUUUUACAAGCUUGGAAUGGACACGGCACACCCUUAUUUGGAUUUCGCAAAGGAGUACGCCAAAGCCAAGCUACCACCAAGGCCGAAAAACUACGUCGUGAGAAGUGGAUGGACAAAAUAUGCCAAGGGAGAGGAGCCGGAGCCGGUAGAUGCGCCGAACGAAUCCAUGUUGACGUUCGACACGGAGGUCAUGUACAAGGAAACACAGUUUGCCUGUAUGGCUUGUGCCGCUAGCCCCACGGCCUGGUACGUCUGGAUAUCGCCGUGGUUGCUGGAAGAGUCGGAAUCAGAUCGCCACCUCGUACCAUUGGGGGACCCGGACAAGCCGAUGGUAGUUGUUGGGCACAACAUUGGCUAUGACAGAGCAAGGAUAGCGGAAGAAUAUGACAUACGCCAGUCAAAGACAUUUUUCAUGGAUACCAUGUCCCUACAUGUGGCGGCCAACGGCAUGUGUUCGCGGCAACGGCCAACGUGGAUGAGACACCGGAAACAGAGGGAGCUCAGGGAUCUCAUAGAAGCCGGGGAUGGAAAAGUGGAUGUAGACGCCUUGGUACAGUCGGGAAAACUCACUAUCGAAGAGGAGGAAUUAUGGGUCGACAGAAGCUCUGUCAACUCGCUGCGGGAUGUCGCCCAGUUUCACUGCGACAUAAAGCUUGACAAAUCGGCAAGAGACUAUUUCGGUGAGUUGGAUCGCGCUGGAAUAAGAGACAAGAUCCAUGAACUACUGGAUUAUUGCGCUGUGGACGUCGAGAUUACGCAUCAGGUGUACCAAACGGUCUUUCCUCUUUACCUCGAUACAUGCCCCCACCCCGUAAGCUUUGCGGCAUUGCGGUUCAUUGCCUCCGAAAUUCUCCCCAUCGAUGAAUCGUGGAAGGACUAUCUGUCGAAUGCUGAAGGAACCUAUAAAGCAAUGUCAGAAGGUGUUUUGCAACGAUUGGUUAAACUGGCAGAAAAGGCCUUGUCUCACAAAGAUUCGCCGGAGGAAUACGAAAAUGACCCCUGGUUGAGUCAACUUGAUUGGUCGGGGCAGGAGAUCAAAUACACCAAAGCCAAGAAGAAUGAGGAACCUAGGCCCGUAGCCCGACAAAAGAUGCCUGGAAUGCCGAACUGGUACAAGGAUUUGUAUCCAAAAACAACCGGUCCAAUCAAUCUUAGUACGAGGACCCGCGUCGCCCCGAUUCUACUACGACUGUCCUGGGACGGCUACCCGCUUGUUUGGUCGGACAAGUACGGUUGGACGUACAAGAUUGCGAAGAGGCCAGAUCUGGACUUGACCGACGAAAUGAAGGCAGCUAUCUGCGAUAUGUCCGAAGAGAACUUCAAACUUCGUGACGAUCACCAUCACAUCUACCUCAAGAUACCUCACAAAGACGGUCCUACGGCUCGGUGUGUGAAUCCCAUGGCGAAGAGCUAUUUGCAGUUCUUCGACAACGGCAGACUCACUUCUUCGUUCGAUUAUGCGAAAGAAGCGCUGGCCAUGAACGCGUCGUGCUCGUAUUGGAUUAGCGCAAGAGAAAGGAUUAUGUCUCAAAUGACUGUCUUUGAGGGCGAAGCCAAUUUGGAGCUUAAAGCGACGAAUGGCGCGUCUAAGAAAGUUGGAUAUAUUCUUCCCAAGGUGAUCCCAAUGGGCACCAUCACCAGACGAGCGGUUGAGAAUACUUGGUUAACUGCCAGUAACGCUAAAAAGAACAGAGUUGGUUCUGAGCUCAAAUCGAUGGUGAAGGCGCCACCAGGAUGGUCAUUCGUCGGAGCCGAUGUGGAUUCUGAAGAGCUCUGGAUCGCCAGUCUCCUUGGUGAUGCUCAGUUCAAGCUUCACGGUGGUAAUGCUAUAGGCUUCAUGACCCUUGAAGGUGACAAAGCUGCCGGAACGGACUUGCACUCGAGAACGGCCAGUAUCCUGGGAAUCUCAAGAAACGAUGCCAAGGUGUUCAACUACGGACGAAUCUACGGUGCUGGCCUGAAGUUUGCUUCGACGCUACUCAGACAAUUCAAUCCCACUUUGACCGAAGAGCAGACGACCGAGACAGCCACCAAGCUGUAUGAAGAAACCAAGGGCAAGAAAACCAAAGACAAAGCCAUUCAGGAAAGGUCUUUCUGGCGUGGAGGCACGGAAUCCUUUGUUUUCAAUAAGCUCGAAGACUUCGCAGAGCAAGAACGACCGCGGACACCCGUGCUAGGUGCUGGUAUUACUGAAGCUCUGAGGAAGCGCUUUCUCGGCAAAAACACUUACAUCACCUCACGUAUCAACUGGGCUAUCCAGUCAUCGGGUGUUGACUACCUUCAUCUUCUCAUCGUGUCUAUGGACUACCUGGUUCGCCGCUACAACAUCGAGGCCCGCCUCGCACUGACGGUACACGAUGAGAUCCGCUAUCUGGUUAAGAACGAGGACAAGUACAGGGCUUCGAUGGCCUUGCAAGUCGCCAACGUUUGGACGCGUGCCAUGUUCAGUCAACAGGUCGGCAUCGAAGACCUUCCGCAGUCCUGUGCCUAUUUCAGCGCCGUCGAUAUCGACCAUGUUUUGCGCAAGGAGGUAAACAUGGAUUGUAUCACACCAUCGCACCCUGAAAAGAUACCGCCGGGUGAAAGUCUUGAUAUCAUGCAGCUGCUUGAAAAGGGCGAUCUGGCGCGCCUCGACCCAGCCGUGAAGCCGGUCGACGCGCCUGAGCCGCAGAAGUACGACUACACAUCGCGCACACCCGUGACGGCGGGGCUGCAAGGUGACCUCGGCGAAAAGAUGAGGAUAGCAGUGCUGCGCGCACAAAUCACGGCUGAUGACGAAGAACUGAAGGAAAUUGUUCGGAGUGUCGCCCCUUCUCGCAAGUUCCACUCUUCUAACGGCAACAGCAAUGAAAACGGCCACGAAAGAAGGUUCUGGAACAACUGGGCUACAAAGGAGACGCAAACGAAGAACAAGAAGCCGACGCUCUUUGUGGAUGAGCCCUGGGGCGGUUUCGACAGCUCGUGGAAGCAACACCACAAAGAUUUCGGGUACCAAAACGCCAGGCAAUCUGAUGCUAGCCGGAAGAAGCCGACGACUGCCUUGCACCACGCGAACAACCACCUUUCCUGGGGGAAGAACUCUAGCAGUGGCGGGGCUGUUCCAAAGAAGGCCGAAAGCUGGCAUCAGAUCGGCAACCCGAUGCUAAAGCCAGAGGAGUCGGGGCGGCUCUGAGCAAGAUGCGAGUGCCGCCGAGCGCAACUGAUGUCGAGCAUGUUUUUUCGCUUCUCUCGUACAGUACCAGGUUCUUCUUUUCUCUUCACUGUGGGCGACGCGUUGGAUUUCCAGCUUUUGUUCUUCUGGUGCGGUGGUCUCUUGCCAUCGAGGCAGGCGCUUAUCCUUUUUCUUUUGGGCAAGGGUCUGUCAUAUGGUCAUUGGCGAAACAGCGGAGCAUUCAUUGUGUCUUUUUUCUUGUUCGUACGUUUUUCAGUCAUUCCAC